AGUUUGUCAGUCUGCUUCUCAGAGCGGGCGGAGUCCAGCCACAGUCAGCCCGGCUACUGAUCACUAAACCAUCGAUUACAGGGGGAUAGAGCGGAGAGAGGAGGAUGAUUUUAAGGGUGUGAACUCUAGGGUAGAGGUGGGUAAUCACUGUAGUGUUACUUUAAUGAUAUUUAAGCAAAAUUAAGUGUAAAACUAGUUAAAGAAGUCGGUGUUUAACUGGCUUUAGUGACUUUUUUUCUGAAUAGCUAACCUAUGAUCCUAUGAGGCUAGUUAGGUUAAACCUAUUUAUUUAGCUAGGUUAAAUUAGUGUGUUUGUGUUUAUUUUAACAUUACUUUAACAUUUUUAAAAGUAACUCAGACAGUAAAAAAAGGAAAAGUACUUAAAAAUAUAGGUGAAUCUAAAUAUUUUACAAUUUUACCAACAUAAUAUAAUUUAAUUUGGCAUUCAUAUAAGGUAAUUUAUCUACCUCAGCUCUAUCCAACUGUAACAGUACCUUAGGCUAUACUUAGGCGUUUAAAAACGUAUAAAAAUGCUAAUUCCCCAGAAAAACGUUGUACAUUAGCUAUUCAUGUAGCUAUCUACUGUUUUUCUGGCCAAACCACAAUGUCGUGUGUAAAUGUAAGCCCCUCAAAAAAUGCUGCUAGUUGGUGUGGCCCACUGUUUCCCAGGUCUGUUAAAGAGCACUCCUGGGUGAGGGGAUAAAGGGGAUAAAACGCUGGGCACAUUUUUCUGCACUAUUUUUUUUUUAGUAAAGCCCACAGUUUCAGUUUUAAAAGCAGUUUUGUAGCUUCUGUUUUUGAGAGAUGGAUGAUGGACCUCGGCAGAGAGGUUCCUCAGGAUCCAGCACUGCAACUAACAGCAAACAGCCUGAGAGCUCAGGAGUAGCCCUGAAGAAGGAGAUUGGGCUGCUCAGCGCCUGUGGUAUUAUUGUGGGUAACAUCAUUGGAUCUGGGAUCUUUGUAAGUCCAAAGGGAGUCCUGGAGAAUGCCAGUUCAGUGGGCCUGGCUUUGAUUAUAUGGAUAUCUACGGGGGUCAUCACUGCCAUCGGAGCGCUGUGCUAUGCCGAGCUGGGAGUCACCAUCCCCAAGUCAGGGGGAGACUACUCUUACGUUAAGGACAUCUUUGGGGGCUUAGCUGGGUUCCUGAGGCUGUGGAUAGCAUUGUUGGUCAUCUACCCCACCAACCAGGCUGUCAUCUCCCUCACCUUCUCCAACUACGUUCUUCAGCCUCUGUUCCCCACCUGCUUCGCCACAGAAAGUGGGCUGCGUCUGCUCGCUGCUGUUUGCCUCUUGCUGCUGACAUGGGUGAACUGCUUCAGUGUGCGCUGGGCAACACGAGUACAAGACAUCUUUACUGCUGGGAAGCUGCUGGCCUUGGGCCUCAUCAUCAUCAUGGGCAUCGUGCAGAUAUGCAAAGGGAAUUAUUACUGGCUGGAACCAGCUCAUGCAUUCGAGCCUUUCCAAGAUUAUGACGUGGGCCGCAUUGCUCUGGCCUUCCUGCAGGGAUCCUUCGCAUAUGGAGGAUGGAACUUUCUCAACUACGUCACAGAGGAGCUGAUUGAUCCAUACAGGAACCUGCCUCGAGCAAUCUUCAUCUCCAUACCGCUGGUGACUUUCGUCUACGUGUUUGCAAACGUGGCGUACAUCACAGCCAUGAGCCCCACUGAACUGCUGGCCUCCAACGCUGUUGCUGUGACGUUUGGUGAGAAGCUGCUGGGCGUGAUGUCAUGGAUCAUGCCCAUCUCUGUGGCCUUGUCCACCUUCGGGGGCAUCAACGGCUCCCUCUUUACCUCUUCUAGGAUGUUCUUCGCUGGAGCAAGAGAAGGCCAUCUUCCUCGUCUGCUGGCAAUGAUCCACGUGAACCGUUUCACCCCAAUCCCAGCGCUGCUUUUCACUUGUAUAUCCACCCUGCUGAUGCUCUGCACCAGCGACAUGUACACCCUCAUCAACUACGUGGGCUUCAUAAACUACCUGUUUUAUGGGGUCACUGUCGCCGGGCAGAUUGUGCUGCGUAUCAGACAGCCAGACCUGUCUCGACCAAUCAAGGUUAGUCUUGUAUGGCCGGUGAUCUACCUGCUCUUCUGGGCGUUCCUGCUGGUUUUCUCACUCUAUUCACAGCCCAUGGUGUGUUGCAUCGGAUUGGCCAUCAUGCUGACAGGUGUCCCUGUCUACUACCUCGGCGUCUACUGGGAAAACAAACCCCAGAAGUUCACUCACUUUGUUGGUAAAAUGACAGGCUUGGGGCAGAAGUUGUGCCUGGUGGUGUACCCCGCAGAAGACGAGCGGAGAACUGACGCAGCUGAGGAGCAGAGAGACGAGGUGGAGGAGGAACUCUGAGGGAUCUGAAGCAGAACACGAGCUUGUUUUCUUGAGCUAAGGCAUGAUUUGAGGUUUAGGUAGUGUGGAAACACUGGACACAAAACACAAUCAUCCAUGAAGUAUUUAUGAGUCUAUCAAAUUCACUCUGGCCUUAACCAUUUAUACUGCAAUACUGCCACCAACUGGCCAGACUGUGAACUGUUAGGAGAAAAUGUUACACGCAGAAUAGAAAGGUCCUUAUAGGACUUCUGGUGUGUUUUGUUUUUGCUCUGUUAAGUCUGGGAUAGUUCAGUUUUGAUUGAUGUAGCCACAUUUGCAAAUAUGUGGAUAUGUAUUUUUGAUUGUAUAUCUUGUGUCAUUUUUGGGGUUUCGUUUUUGUUUAAGGGAGUGACGGUUAAUAAAUAGUCAAUAUUGUAAAAUUGCUGGCUGGUCCAGACUCUGAAUGGUGCAUGAAGUGUGGUGGAUAUAAUAUAACUGGAUUUUUGUUUCAGCUGUGGUGUUCUAUUUGUUAGUUUGUCAGUGUUAAUUCUGGAUUCAAGCUCACAUUUUUCCAGCAUGAAGCAUUUAAAAUAUAAAAAACAUGCAUACAGUCAUAUGAAAAAGUUUGGGCACCCCUAUUAAUCUUAAUCAUUUUUAGUUCUAAAUAUUUGGGUGUUUGCAACAGCCAUUUCAGUUUGAUAUAUCUAAUAACUGAUGGAGACAGUAAUAUUUCAGGAUUGAAAUGAGGUUUAUUGUACUAACAGAAAAUGUGCAAUAUGCAUUAAACCAAAAUUUGACCGGUGCAAAAGUAUGAGCACCCUUAUCAUUUUAUUGAUUUGAAUACUCCUAACUACUUUUUACUGACUUACUGAAGCACAAAAUUGGUUUGGUAACCUCAUUGAGCUUUGAACUUCAUAGCCAGGUGUAUCCAAUCAUGAGAAAAGGUAUUUAAGGUGGCCAAUUGCAAGUUGUUCUCCUAUCUGAAUCUCCUCUGAAGAGUGGCAUCAUGGGCUCAUCAAAACAACUCUCAAAUGAUCUAAAAACAAAGAUUGUUCAACAUAGUUGUUCAGGGGAAGGAUACAAAAAGUUUCAGAGAUUAAACCUGUCAGUUUCCACUGUGAGGAACAUAGUAAGGAAAUGGAAGACCACAGGGACAGUUCUUGUUAAGCCCAGAAGUGGCAGGCCAAGAAAAAUAUCAGAAAGGCAGAGAAGAAGAAUGGUGAGAACAGUCAAGGACAAUCCACAGACCACCUCCAAAGAGCUGCAGCAUCAUCUUGCUGCAGAUGGUGUCACUGUGCAUCGGUCAACAAUACAGCGCACUUUGCACAAGGAGAAGCUGUAUGGGAGAGUGAUGCGAAAGAAGCCAUUUCUGCAAGCACGCCACAAACAGAGUCGCCUGAGGUAUGCAAAAGCACACCUCAGAGAUGCAAAAUCACACCUCAGGCGACUCUGUUUGUGGCGUGCUUGCAGAAAUGGCUUCUUUCGCAUCACUCUCCCAUGAUUCUUGAUUAAUGGGGUGCCCAAACUUUUUCAUAUGACUGUAAGAGACUUUCAGAUAACUGUUGGGAGAAUACAGUACUGGUCAAAAGUUUUGACAUGUCUAUUCUCAUUCAGUGUGUUUUUUAACAUUGUAAAUUUAAUAUUAAAGGCAUAAUAAAGCUACACAGGAACACAUGCAGAAUUAUUUUAUAAAGAGAAAUUGUUAAACAAACCAGAAUAUGUUUAAUACUUUAAAUUCUUCUGAGUAGCUACAUUCAGCUUUUAGGAAAGAUCUGCACACAGAUCUGUAGUGUCACAUAGAAAAAAAUUCUCAGCCUAUUGAAGGAAGGAGUUCCUGGAGGUGCUGAACAGUAAUAGUUGCUGUUUUCCUUCACGCUGUGAGGCUCAAGCUAAUCCCAAAUCACCUCAAAUCACCAUCUCAGGUUUAGGUGAGGGGAUUCCCAUAAUUCUAUAUGUGUCCCUUAAUUGUUUUCAUGUAUUUAAUAUUAGAAUAAAAUUAAUUAAAUAAAGUAAUAAAGAUAAACACUGAAUUAGAACGUGUGUGCACACAUUUGACUGGUGCUGUAAACUGUGUCAUCUCAGUGUGUUGUCAGUGCAUUUAUAGUAAAAACAAAAAACUAAACAAAUUACCAAAUCAAGUGUUAUUUGUCACUUAGGUUUUAAUAUGGGAUUUUAGGUUUAAAAAAUAUUUUCAAAAAAAUAAAUUUUUAAAUUAUUUUUUUCUGUAUUGAAAAUUGAAAGAAAAGUGUUGUAAAUAAUGUGUAAUAAAAAAACAAAGUUUGUUUUGUGUUUUGUUCUGUGUAAUUUCUGAUAUUAAAUGCUCUGUAUCACUUUU